AUGAAUGAUCAGCCAGUCGAUGGCGUCGUGCGCCUUCGUCUCAAGGUGGCCCAGUGGAUCUACGGCAUUGCGGCGCUGUUCAUUGUCCUGGCCAUUGGGCUGCUCAUCUUGCCGGGCCUGUUCAGACGAUACCUCCUGGUUCCGGAUGUAGUGGCUACCUAUUGCUUCUUUGUCAUCGGAUUGGUCACCCUGUGCGUCUAUGUCAACGUCACUUGGCUGCGCCGGAAGUUCCCCUUCAACUGGAUAGUCAGCUGCUGCAUAGCAGCCUGUCUGGCACUGGGAACGGUGUGUAUCCUUUCAAACCAGCGGACGGGACACGUCCUGCUGCUGAGCAUGGAGAUUCUUGUCAUGAUGGCGCUGCUCCUGCUGGUCGGCUCAUAUCUAUUGCCCGAAUGCCCUGCAAUGGCCUACUUGUUCCUCACUUGGUUCAUAUUCGUUGUGCUCUCCUCCGUCCUAAUGGCCGCCGUUUGUGUACACGUUUCAGAUCAGAUAUUCUCCUAUGAAGUAGCCACCCACUUUGUGCUCUGGCAAGUUAUAUGCCCAUUGAUUGUGUUCCAGGCGCAGGUCAUAUCCGGCUAUUGGGAGAAUUUACCGCCAAUUCUGGAUAGGCCGCUGUGCUCCACGAUGCUCCUGUUCGACUUUCUCGCCUGCUACAUCUUUCUUGACUCCGCCAAUGACGUUGGUUUUGAGUUCUACUACGCUGGCCAGACGGCAAAUCAAAAGUUUUUGUCCAGAUCCGUUAAGAGCCAGUGGGAGAUGUUCAUGGAUUAGGGAUUUCCUAAAUUGGACACCUGUGAAAAAGCCUCCCCUGCAGGGCCAAAUAUAUGAAUAGAACG